GGCUCGCCGGGAAAUGUAGUCCUUCGGAGCGGCCUGGGGCGGUGGCUGCACGUCCCGCGGACCCGGUGGCAGAUCGGGCGUGGACCCGGGAUGGCUGGGCCGGGGGGCUCGGGAGGCCCGAUUGGGGCCGGGGCCCUGGCAGGCAGCGCAAGGUCCAAGGUAGCCCCGAGUGUGGACUUUGACCACAGCUGCUCGGACAGUGUUGAGUACCUGACACUCAACUUCGGGCCCUUCGAGACAGUGCAUCGUUGGCGGCGCCUCCCGCCCUGCGACGAGUUCGUGGGGGCCCGGCGCAGCAAGCACACAGUGGUGGCCUAUAAAGACGCCAUCUAUGUAUUUGGUGGAGACAAUGGGAAGACCAUGCUCAACGACCUCCUGCGGUUCGAUGUGAAGGACUGCUCCUGGUGCAGGGCCUUCACCACCGGCACCCCGCCAGCCCCCCGCUACCACCACUCAGCUGUUGUCUACGGAAGCAGCAUGUUCGUCUUCGGGGGCUACACUGGGGACAUUUACUCCAAUUCUAACUUGAAGAAUAAAAACGACCUUUUUGAAUAUAAGUUUGCAACUGGCCAGUGGACGGAGUGGAAGAUUGAAGGACGGUUGCCAGUCGCCAGGUCCGCCCACGGCGCCACAGUGUACAGUGACAAGCUGUGGAUCUUCGCUGGCUACGACGGCAAUGCCAGGUUGAAUGACAUGUGGACCAUUGGCCUCCAGGACCGAGAGCUCACAUGCUGGGAGGAGGUGGCUCAGAGUGGCGAGAUCCCGCCUUCCUGCUGCAACUUCCCAGUGGCUGUGUGCCGGGACAAGAUGUUUGUGUUCUCAGGGCAGAGUGGAGCCAAGAUAACCAACAACCUCUUUCAGUUCGAAUUCAAAGACAAGACGUGGACGCGCAUCCCCACCGAGCAUCUGCUUCGCGGCUCCCCACCGCCCCCGCAGCGGCGCUAUGGGCACACCAUGGUGGCCUUUGACCGCCACCUCUAUGUGUUUGGGGGCGCAGCAGACAACACACUGCCUAAUGAGCUGCACUGCUACGAUGUGGACUUCCAGACUUGGGAGGUCGUCCAGCCCAGCUCCGACAGCGAGGUCGGCGGGGCUGAGGUGCCAGAGCGAGCAUCGUCUUCUGAGGAGGCGCCUGGCCUGGCCUCUGAGGACCGAGGUGGCUUCAAGAAGUCCCGCGAUGUAUUUGGCCUGGACUUCGGCACCACCGCAGCCAAGCAGCCUGCCCCACCAGCGUCUGAGCUGCCAAGCGGAAGGCUCUUCCAUGCAGCCGCGGUGAUCUCAGACGCCAUGUACAUCUUUGGGGGCACGGUGGACAACAACAUCCGCAGCGGGGAGAUGUACCGGUUCCAGUUCUCCUGUUACCCCAAGUGCACGCUGCAUGAGGACUACGGGCGUCUGUGGGAGAGCCGCCAGUUCUGCGAUGUGGAGUUUGUGCUGGGCGAGAAAGAGGAAUGCGUGCAGGGCCAUGUGGCCAUCGUCACUGCUCGGAGCCGCUGGCUCCGCAGGAAGAUCGUGCAGGCACGGGAACGGCUGGCCCAGAAACUGGAGGAGGAGGCAGCCCCGGCUCCCAGGGAGGUCCCUGGUGGGGCAGCGGGGGGAGCCCGGCCACCCCUGUUGCACGUGGCCAUCCGUGAGGCUGAGGCCCGGCCCUUUGAAGUGCUCAUGCAGUUCCUCUACACGGACAAGAUCAAGUACCCGCGGAAAGGCCACGUGGAGGACGUGCUGCUCGUCAUGGACGUGUACAAGCUGGCCCUGAGCUUCCAGCUCUGCCGCCUGGAGCAGCUGUGCCGACAGUACAUCGAAGCCUCCGUGGACCUGCAGAAUGUGCUGGUUGUGUGCGAGAGCGCCGCCAGGCUGCAGCUGGGCCAGUUAAAGGAACACUGCUUGAACUUCGUGGUGAAGGAGUCCCACUUCAACCAGGUGAUCAUGAUGAAGGAGUUCGAGCGCCUCUCUUCACCACUGAUCGUGGAGAUCGUGCGGCGGAAGCAGCAGCCACCUCCCCGCACCCCUUCGGAGCAGCCUGUGGACAUUGGCACAUCUCUGAUCCAGGACAUGAAGGCGUACCUGGAGGGAGCAGGUGCGGAGUUCUGUGACAUCACUCUGCUACUGGACGGGCACCCAAGACCGGCCCACAAGGCCAUCCUGGCCGCCCGCUCCAGUUACUUUGAGGCCAUGUUCCGGUCCUUCAUGCCAGAGGACGGCCAGGUGAACAUCUCCAUCGGGGAGAUGGUGCCCAGCAGGCAGGCCUUCGAGUCCAUGCUGCGCUACAUCUACUACGGGGAGGUCAACAUGCCGCCCGAGGACUCUCUCUACCUGUUUGCGGCCCCCUACUAUUACGGCUUCUACAACAACCGGCUGCAGGCGUACUGCAAGCAGAACCUGGAGAUGAAUGUGACUGUGCAGAAUGUACUGCAGAUCCUGGAGGCAGCCGACAAGACGCAGGCACUGGACAUGAAGCGGCACUGCCUGCACAUCAUCGUGCACCAGUUCACCAAGGUCAGGGCCCUCCCAGCCCCGAACUGGCUGGCUGGCCCUUGGCAUUGGCUUUGGCUGGGUGCAGGGUGGGGCGCAUGGAAGCAGCUUCUCUCCUGCGGCGGUUUCCAAGCUGCCCACACUGCGCUCGCUGAGCCAGCAGCUGCUGCUUGACAUCAUAGACUCCCUGGCCUCCCACAUCUCUGACAAGCAGUGCGCGGAGCUGGGCGCUGACAUAUGAGGGCCCACGUGGUGCCGGCCCACUCAGGAAUCACUGUGCUUGCUCCUGCCCUGCCCACUGCAGACUACUGGAUCUGCCAGCCAAGGGGCUGGCUUCCCUGAGCCUUCGAAGGGAAAGGGAACACGGGGUCUCUGCCCUGUUUCACUGCCGAGGACACAGGUCACACAGGGAGUGGAUGGUGAAACAGAUGCCCUCCCCCCCAACCCCAGCCAGAACCUCUCCUCGGAGGUGGGAGAGCCCACCAUGGAGUUGGUGUGGGGCCGCCUAUCCAGCAGGGACUGCAUGGCUUGUGGAUUUGGCCGCUGGGUCCUAUUGCCAAGGCCCCUCUGACGUAGGAGCUACACAGUAUCCCCUCACCUUCACAGAGGCGGCUGUUAAGGGCCCCUACUUCCAUCCGGUUUGUGAAUGGGCACAUGGAAUUGGACUCCAGGUGAAUUUUGGGGUGUGAAGGGCCCUGAGUCAGCACCUAGCCUGAAGGGCUACUCUGGCCAGGGCCUGGCUUCCAGAGGAGUUGCAGGAUCUCACCCCACUGUGUGCACAUCAGGGGCCCCCAGCUGCGCCAGGGGGAAGUCAGUGGAGGUGCCCCCCCCAGUCCCCACGUAUCCCUAAUUAUUGUCAUAGACAUGCCAUUAAGACCACAGUAGUGCUAAUCUACUAGACACACCUCACGGGCAUAGGCCCUCCUUGAGCGGGGGACAGAUCAGGUUUCCCAAGUGCUUGGGACACGCCAGGUCUCAGGGUUGGCAACUCCCCGCCUCAUCUGAGGUGUCCCAAUUGUGGGGGUGGGGCAGGGCUGUGCUCCAAGGGGAACCCUGGAUUCCCAAGGCUGUCUUGCUCCUACACUGCAUUAGAGGCUCCUGCCUAGGCUGGAAAGCUAAGGACUGGCCACCACAUCCUUCCCAUCUGUCAACAGAAGGCCCUGGGACUCCACGCUAAUAUAGAAAGCACUAUUCUGCCUCCUUUCUGGCAGCAAGAACCCCAGGGACCCUCUUGCCCUAGCUAUCAGGAAGCUACUUUGGGGGAAACAAUCCUUCACACCUUCCUUCCCAUUGUGCCCCCAUGCAAACAUGGCUCCUGCCAUGCCUCGGCCCUUACUGAAGAGCCCCAGGUGCCUUAUACAGACAGAUGGGGAGCCCCAGUGACAGGCGCCCUCAGGCAUGGGGAGUCCAUAAGGCUGCCAGCAAACCAGGAAAUGGACCAGCACGAGAUGAGCCUCUCUGAGCCUGGAAACCCCAGGGAAUGAUGGACAGACCCUGCUCUAUGGUGGACCCUUAUAACCAGUUGCUUGACCUUCUCUUCUAAACCCAUGAAUAAAUGAACUUACAUACCACGGACCCUAGAAAGCCAAUUUCAGAACAUUGCGUGGCACUUUCCAGGACUAGGGAGAUUUCAGCUAUGCUCUUGGGCUAUCAUGGCUGAAGCCCAGCAGGGAGUUAAAGCCCAGUAUGCAGUUAAAACCACCUGGCACCCUGAGCCAUUUGCCCAUCACAGACGUGGGGAAGCCUACAUUCCAGUCAACUUGAACAACAAUGGGGACUCAGGUUGAGGCCAGGACUGCUAUCUACAAGGGUGCCUCUAAGCUUCCCCACCUCUUCCCAAACUCUAGGGGACCAGAAGUGUCAUUGCUUGGCCCUUACUACUGCCAAGCACAUAGCACCAGGUCAGAAAUUGCCAUAUUGGGCGCCUGGGUGGCUCAGUGGGUUAAGCUGCUGCCUUCAGCUCAGGUCAUGAUCUCAGGGUCCUGGGAUCGAGUCCCGCAUGGGGCUCUCUGCUCAGCAGGGAGCCUGCUUCCUCUCUCUCUCUCUCUCUCUCUCUGCCUGCCUCUCCAUCUACUGUCAAAUAAAUAAAUAAAAUCUUAAAAAAAAA